GUUUACUGUGAAGGGUGUGAAGGUUGGUAUUGAUCUACACUGUGUAUUCAGCUGCUUCACGAUCAAAGUUCUGCUCUUGGCUAAAAAUAUGUGAGUUCAUCUCGAUCAUCUCGGCUAUAUCAUCUCACCGGUGUGAGAUGAUAUAGCCGGUGAGAUCACCGGUGAGAAUAGACAGCUUCAAGCUGCUGUAUUUUGUUGCUGUCACAGUCUUCUCCAGACGUUAAAGUUAAAUUUGGGCUCAGAUGCAAGAAGCCUCUGCUUGCGCUCCGAUUUUGUUGCUGUUCUGAUUGCGCUCCGAAGCAUCGACCGAGCCCGGUGCCCAUCGCCCGUACUGAGCUUCAUCAUCAUUCCUUCCCUCCCUCCCUCCUCCUCCUCGUCUCCUUUUCUUCUCCUCCUCCUUCUCCUCUUUUCUUCCUCGUCGUCGUCGUCCUUGGACCGGCGCGCUCACGACCCUGGGGUCGCUUCUCAUCUCUCGUGUCCCUGCCUGCUGCCGCUGCACAGCGCGACGAGAUCGGCUCUUGGUAUUCGCCCGCUCCUCUCUCCAGCACACGUCGAUUUGCAUGCCCUUCUCGCAGCCACUCUCGCUCGCUUGUUGCCGUGGAUUUGUGGACUCUGGUCCUCGUCUUUUUCUGCGAUGAGGUCUGUCCGUUGCUCGAGUCCUUCUGCAUUCUUUCUUGAUGCGCGUCCGAGGGAUCCAAGGGAUCCUAGGGACCCGGAUUCUGUGAGAUCCAGCCCCCCCGGUGUUUCGUAUAUUGCUGGUGCAUCUGUAAUUUCAUUUCGUGCUGUCUCGGUUGGCGUGAGGACGUGAGGAGGAAGUUCUACCUUGUGCGGAACGAGGCUCCGAUCGACUGUUUGCUUCUGCCAACUGUCGACUUCGCUUUUUGUCCAGUUUGUCGCAUCGUCGUCUUGCGCUGUGCCCGCCUUCCGCCGUCCAUGUGAGAGUACAUGCAGACGAGCCCAAGGAAGGAAGGAAAGAGUGCGGGUCGGGUCAGCGUUAGCACUUGAGAUUUCCGGCUUACUGCCUACGAGUGGAGACUCGCUGGAGCCUAACCUUCCAGCUCGAGGCAAAGGUCGGAUUGUCUCCGGCUGUUCUCAAGACACUCGCUACUCUCGCGAAGGUGUCCGGGUCGGUGUCGUUUCAGCCGACUCGCGGUUCUCUUUUAUCUCUGUUAGUUCGUACCGGAGGACUACCGUACUGGAUGAGUUGAGGAGUGUGUAGCAGGGUACUUGGCGUAAUUUUUUCUAAGAGUGUUGGCCGGAGUCAUCCCGGAGUGCCGCAGAAGGAGGUUCUUCGAAACUCCCCCGGACAUCGUCAAGCGCAAGCAGCAAAACGCCCAGCGACGCAAGUCACGCGAGCAGUUGAAGUCAAAGCAAGAGCUUUGCGAAUGGCCUCAGAGCUUGGGCAUAACUCCUCGGCCGUUGGAGCUAACUUGCCCCCUUCUCCAGCUGCAAAUCAGACCAGAUCUCCGCAAAGAAAUUCUGGAAUUCAACGAAAUUAUUCUUCACUGGCGAGGACUAGGUCUUGGAGUGGUGGAUGCAUGUCCGGUGGACUGCAAAGAAAUUCAUUACGUUUCAUUGAUAUUGAGAUGACCAGACAUACCGUGAGAAAGAGGUUUGAUCAGGUGAAAGAAUACACAAAAAUUCAAUCAGCAGCUGGGGUGCAAAAUCAGGGACAUGGUAACUGAAUUAAAUAUUUCCCCUUUGAUUUGUGGAGGUUUAAAGUAGGGUAGUUCCAUAUGAGCGUGCGCAAUUUAGUUGGACCUGCAACGCAAUUUGUUUUACAAUAUCGAACUUCUCCAAUCAAUCCAUGCAUUUGUUAUCUCCAGAUUUUUUAUUGUCUUGAAUACCUCGCCGUUUGUGUUACUCUCAUGCAAUGUGUUGUGGAGAAUAUUUAACGCAGAUGUAUGCAUGACAACCAAGCUUUGUGAAAGAAAGCAAACUUGGAGUUUAAUUGAAGCAGACACUGUUACAGGUUGCUUCUUUGUUACAUUUUGGGAGGGAGAAGCUGUAUGAUUGACUUAAUCUCAUUUUUUAUAGACAAAAAAUUGUAGCAAUAGUUGUUUUCAAUCCAGCAGUGCUUUUUAAAAGACACUUCCUUUCAUUAGUUUACAACUUACGUUGUGUGUUAUGAAAUAU